AUGAAAGAACGAGUCGUUCGUGCAACUUUUGUUGGUGAUACUCAAGUUGGCAAAACUAAAUUUAUUAUAACUUCAUUAAUUGGUGUAUUUCCAUAUGAAUACAUUCCCACAAUAUUUGAUAAUUACAUUAAAACUGUUGAUUUUCAAACAAUUAAAUAUCACAUCAAUAUGUUAGACACAAUCAGCGAUAAAAAUUUAGGAAAACAAAUUAAUGAUCUUGUGUAUUUAAACUCGGACAUUGUUUUAUUUUGUUUUUCUGUUGAUUCUAAAAAUUCACUUGAUUUAAUUCAAACAUAUUGGAUACCCGAGGUUAAUAAGAUGUGUACCAAUUACUGCUGUUUUCUUGUUGGUAUGAAAUGUGAUAUGAGACACUCAGUUAAUAAAAAUGAUACCCAAUUUGUCACUAUUAAUGAGGCACUGCAUGUCGCAAAUGAAAUUGGUGCUAUUAGAUAA